UGCAAAUGCUUGUAAUUACUUGAAUAAGUUUUAUUUGAACUAUGGAUGCUAUUUUUACGCUUAAGGGAUAUUUAAAUGGAAACCCAAUAGUAUCUUCUCUGCUAAAUCUAAGCUUAAAUCUUGGCCCAUGUAGAAAAUGCAAAGCUAUAUUAUGUGUACCAACUUGGUUAUUUUUCUACAUUCAGAAUGUAUUUAAACUCUUUGUUACAUUUCUGCAUUGUUGAGUAUUUUCUAUCCUUUUUAUAGUCUGUUUCCUUUCCAUCUCAGCUCUACUAUUAGAUCCAAUUUAUAACAAAUGUAAUCUGGGUUAUAUACUGUCCUAGACAACAGUUUGGGCAGAUGGAUGGAAGAGCAGUAAAUUGUCUUAAUUUGUCUUCAAAGCACUACGCUAAUUUUUUUUCGAGUCUGUUUCAAUAGCUGUGCCAUGAAAUGCAUCUUACACAGCCACUUUGGAUAAGCAAUACAUUGUAAUGUAAAUAUAGCAAUUACUGUCAUGAGUUUCAGUUAAAUGUCUGGAUGAUAACUAGUGCCUGUCUAAUACAAAUUGGAAAAGAGCAUAGGUCUUCAUCUUAAGGUGCUGAUUCAAAAGAACUUUCCUAUUUUGAUUCUAGGAAAUUGUGAAUUUUUGUGGACAAAAUGUUGCUAUGCUACAUUGAGAUCCAAACUGAUUCUUGGUUUCUCUGUUUAAAAAAAAAAAGUCCAUAAAAUUCAUUGGUUUUGGUUUUCAAUGCAACUGUAAAUAUGUGAAACUGUAUUUGUCUUUGUGUUUGAAACUAAAUUUGGUGUGGUGGUAGUAAAGGAUGAGAGGGAGGGAGAGGAUACGCAACAAGAUGCCACUAAUGUUCCCUGGCUGAAGCCCACUGCACAUCAGUGAGCUGUAUGAAUUUCAGCUUGGGUAAAGUGUUUGGAAUGAGUGAAAAUUAAUGGGAUCAGCAUCAGCCUCACAAGUGAAUGACUGAAUAAAUGCAAUAAAAGGCUAAUGACAACACUAUUAUUCUGUUCCUCACUGAUUACAGGGUUUCUUUGUUGUAAAUUUGAGUACAUGCAUUUAUGUAAUUUGUAAAAUGAAGUAAUAGUGGAGACCUUGCUACAACACUAUUAAAAAUCUUCCCUUUUUGUGAGAUAGGAGGCUUAGAGAAUAGUGAGAUUCUUUUGUAUGUUGAAUCUUAGUUCUGUUCCUACUGGUGGAAGUGCUGAAAUUAUGUAUCUCACUGUGAUCUGGUACUUCGGUAUUUGCAUAAACCGGCAGUCCUGUAUAUUCUUUUGGCAAACUGUAAAUAUAAAUGUUUCAUAUUAGCAUAGCUGAAUUUUUGAGGUACAGACAUUUGUGUGAGAUUAGAGAACUUUAUUUCUAAGAACUUGUAAAAAAAAAAAAACGUAUUUUCAAUAAAAUUCCCUACCUCACCUCUAUUGUGCAGAAAUUAUCCCAUUUCCUAUGUUCAAUUUUCCAACUUCAUUUGUAGACGCAAAUAUCCCUUUUUGUUAUUGGCAAGAACACUAUUUUCCAUUAAAUCAAUCAAAUAGUGAAUUACUGUAAAUUUGAAGUAUAAUUUAUUUCCUUUGUUUCCUUCACUGUAUGGUGCUCAGGUUUAGGAACACAUGGUAAAUAGUAUUUGCACACUACAAAGGUGAAUUCUAGAUGUUUUAUGGCAUCUGAAGAGAUGCGUGUAACUGUUCCCUCAUCCUGCCUGUGUGUAAUUUCAUUGUAAAGGGAUUGGCCAUGAUUGAUACUGCUUUGUUUCUUGUUAUUUUCAUGGCUGGGGGGAGGAAAGUGGGAGGGGAAGAGGGGAGUGACAGGAACCUUCUUGUAAGACUUAUGGGUGGAAAGGUUCCCAGUCCUCUUUGUGUAAAGGGAAUUGAGGAAACAAUGUGUUUGCUUUAAUUGCAGUUGUAAAUACACAUUCUGAUACUGAGCUCUAAAAAUAAUGUCUUAAAAGGCUUUCAAGUUAUUCUAAAAUGAGCUAAUUAAUCCUUCCCUUCUCUGAAAUGUUUAACUCCUUACACUUUGGGGGGUGGGAGCCAGAAGUUCUCUCUCAUGCUGCUGCAGGGAAUGACAUUCCUGGAGUAGGAAUAUCCUGCAGAGGUGGACAGAGCGAACCUAAAUCAGUACUCUUUAAUCUCAAAAGUUGGAAGUGCUUGGUUUUGAUUCCUCUAUGUUUCUCCAAACUAUACCAGUUUUCUUGCUAUAGUUCAGAGGCUGUUUUGGCGAUACCUGUAAACCUCACUUUCUGAAGCUGCCUCAUGGCAUGAGUUCCUUUUGGGAAUUAGGGGAGAAAAGACAGUCUGCUCUGAGGGCUGCAGUCAUUUCCUCAGGAGAGCUUUUGAUCUUUUUAUCUUGUAUGCAAGAACUGGAGUUGAGAUAGGGCUGUAGCAAAUAGCACCAGUUUCUGCUGAACUUUGUGAGAAAGGUGUGCAAGAUGAUGAUAAUUUUGACCCUGAAUCUUAAAGAUCGUGGGUUUUCUGGGCUUGAUGUCUGUGUCCUUGAGGAAAAGGUCAGUGCAUGUAUUUUGAGAGGAAUACUUUGUCAUUGGUGUCUGUAGUUUCAAGACCAGUGCAGAAUAGUUGGGUUGGCAAGUCUUAAGAAGGCUAACUUUUUCCUGAGUGACAGCUCAGAGCUUUAAAUGUUAUUGCAUAGAAUAAAUAUUAGGUAUCCUCUGAAAUGGUAAAGGGACAUGCUUGAAUUUUAACUCCAAACGUUGAGGAAUCUUUGCGUUACAGCAUAGCUGGACCUGCUGCCUGGUGGCCUGCAGGCUUUAUAAUGCAUUCUUCAUUGCUAUCUUGCUUCUGGCCCACGGUUUUAGGAAUGAGUACUGUGCUAUUUUAAAAAAAAAAAAAAAAAAAAAA